AUGGUACGUUCGGAGCAAGAUGCAGAUGCUUCAUUAGGUGAUCAAAUGGGCGGAGCAGGUGCAGCAGAAGGAGUGGAUGCUGAUGCAAUUGUCAUAUCAUCGGUGAGCAUUUAA